AUCUCUCCUUGAUAAAAUACUUACUCUACUACUCUAUGUAUUCAAUCUGAAUCUCCCCACAAAACAACUCACCUUUUUAUCUCCACUUUCUAACCCCUUCACGUUCUUUCACAGACCCCUCAUCAUCAUCACCUUCUUUAUGAUCUUCAUCUUUAUCAUCACUUCAAACUCAACUCAUAAGUACUCAUAAACCCAUCUUCUUGUUCUUCCUCAAGACCCUUGUAAACAUCUUCAUCUUGGAAUUUCAGUACUGAACAGCCAUAAAUUUGUUGAGUGUAAUGAGUAAAUACAAGAAAGUUGAAGAUUUUGAAUGCUGAAUCUGGGAAGGAUCUUUACUUUACAUUGCUUUGUAUUACUUGUAUCUUUCAGUGGUUUCGAAAUAUAAAGUCAUCAUGCCGAUUAGGCAGCUUAAAGAAGGGUCAGAGCAGCACUUAGUGAUCAAACCCCACUUACAAAACUCGGUGAAUCAGGUUCGCAAGCAACUUAAAGCUGCUCGAAAUGGAAAAGGCCCACCUGGGCAAGAAAACCAGAAUGCAAAACCCGAUAACCAAUCUUCACCCCCCUCCAAAAGUAGAGGAAGGAGAAGAGGAAGAGGUGGUCGGAAAUCAGAUCAAGGUGAUGCUUUAAUGCGUCCCAGCACGCGGCCUUGCACGGCGGAGUAUGCUCCGGUGGUUCAGGUUUCAGCUCAGUCUAGUGCCGCUAAUGAAGUAAAUAAUAGUAAUAGUAAUGAAGGCACAGUGUGUGAAGUAAUGAGGGAUUUUCCUUCUUCAAGUAAGUCUUUGAGUUUUGCUCAAAGACCUGGGUAUGGGCAGCUUGGCACAAAAUGUAUUGUCAAGGCUAACCAUUUCUUUGCAGAGUUACCAGAGAAAGACUUGAAUCACUAUGAUGUUACCAUCACCCCUGAGGUGUCAUCCAGGAAUAUGAACAGAGCUAUAAUGGCAGAACUCGUGAAACUGUAUAAAGAAUCUGACUUGGGGAUGAGAUUACCCGCUUAUGAUGGCAGAAAGAGUCUGUACACUGCUGGUGAGCUUCCAUUUGCAUGGAAGGAGUUCAAUAUCAAACUUACAGACGAAGAUGAUGGAGUCAAUGGUCCCAAAAGGGUGCGGGAGUACAAAGUGGUGAUUAAAUUUGCUGCAAGGGCGAAUUUGCAUCAUCUGGGCCAAUUUUUGGCUGGCAAGCGUGCAGAUGCUCCACAGGAAGCUCUUCAAAUACUUGACAUUGUAUUAAGGGAACUAUCAAACAAGAGGUAUUGCCCUGUGGGAAGAUCUUUCUUUUCUCCUAACAUAAGGAAACCACAACGGCUUGGUGAGGGCUUAGAGUCAUGGUGUGGAUUUUAUCAAAGUAUAAGGCCUACCCAAAUGGGCUUGUCCCUAAAUAUUGAUAUGGCAUCAGCUGCUUUUAUUGAGGCCCUUCCUGUUAUAGAGUUUGUUGCACAGCUUCUUGGCAAAGAUGUGCUAACGAAAACUUUGUCUGAUUCUGAUCGUGUAAAGGUAAAAAAGGCCCUUAGAGGCUUGAAAGUUGAAGUAACACAUAGGGGUCAUAUACGAAGGAAGUAUCGGGUUUCAGGAAUAACAUCUCAACCCACAAGAGAAUUAGUGUUUCCUGUUGAUGACAACUCAAAUAUGAAGUCGGUUGUUGAAUACUUUCAAGAGAUGUAUGGCUUCACGAUUCAGCAUACGCAUCUUCCCUGUCUUCAAGUUGGAAACCAGAGAAAGGCAAAUUAUUUGCCAUUGGAGGCUUGCAAGAUAGUCGAAGGUCAAAGAUACACAAAAAGGUUGAAUGAGAAGCAAAUUACUGCUCUUCUGAAAGUAACAUGCCAAAGACCAAGAGAUCGAGAGCACGACAUUUUGCAGACGGUUCAACACAAUGCUUAUGAUCAAGACCCCUAUGCAAAGGAAUUUGGCAUCAAUAUUAGUGAAAAGCUUGCUUCUGUUGAGGCUCGAGUUCUCCCUGCUCCAUGGCUAAAAUAUCACGAAAAUGGGAAGGAGAAGGACUGUUUGCCACAAGUUGGUCAGUGGAACAUGAUGAACAAGAAAAUGAUUAAUGGUAUGACUGUUAGUCGGUGGGCAUGCAUCAACUUCUCACGAAGUGUGCAAGAAAAUGUUGCUCGUGGAUUUUGUAGUGAACUGGCUCGUAUGUGUCAAGUUUCUGGAAUGGAAUUCAGCCCUGAACCUGUAAUACCAAUCUACACAGCCUGGCCUGACGAUGUAGAGAAAGCUUUGAAGCAUGUUUACCAUGCCUGUACGAACAAAUUAAAGGGGAAAGAAUUAGAGCUUCUGUUAGUCAUUCUGCCAGACAACAACGGGUCACUGUAUGGAGAUUUGAAACGAAUAUGUGAAACUGAUCUUGGCUUGAUUUCUCAAUGCUGUCUGACAAAGCAUGUCUUUAAGAUUAGCAAGCAAUAUUUGGCAAAUGUGUCACUGAAGAUAAAUGUUAAGAUGGGUGGUAGAAAUACUGUUCUUCUAGAUGCUAUUAGCUGCAGAAUACCACUAGUCAGUGACAUACCAACAAUUAUAUUUGGAGCAGACGUGACCCAUCCGGAGAAUGGAGAAGAUUCGAGUCCCUCGAUAGCUGCUGUAGUAGCUUCCCAGGAUUGGCCUGAAGUCACAAAAUAUGCAGGUUUAGUUUGCGCUCAAGCUCAUAGACAAGAGCUUAUACAGGACUUGUACAAAACAUGGCAAGAUCCUGUACGGGGUACAGUUAGUGGUGGCAUGAUCAGAGAACUUUUGGUUUCCUUCAGGAAGGCAACUGGGCAGAAACCAUUACGCAUAAUAUUUUACAGGGAUGGUGUGAGUGAAGGCCAAUUUUAUCAAGUUCUACUUUAUGAGUUGGAUGCUAUACGGAAGGCCUGUGCUUCUUUGGAACCCAAUUAUCAACCUCCUGUGACUUUCAUUGUGGUGCAAAAACGACAUCAUACAAGGUUAUUCGCAAACAACCACAGGGAUCGAAGCAGCACUGAUAAAAGUGGAAAUGUUUUGCCAGGAACCAUAGUUGAUACGAAGAUCUGCCAUCCAACAGAAUUUGAUUUUUAUCUCUGCAGCCAUGCUGGUAUUCAGGGCACCAGUCGGCCAGCACAUUACCAUGUUCUUUGGGAUGAAAACAAUUUUACAGCUGAUGGGAUUCAGUCGUUAACAAACAACCUUUGCUACACAUAUGCAAGGUGCACGCGGUCCGUGUCUGUUGUUCCUCCGGCAUAUUAUGCACAUUUAGCUGCAUUUCGAGCCAGAUUCUACAUGGAACCAGAACUGCAGGAGAAUGGCUGUGGUGUUGGUCAAGGGACGAAGAAUACAAGAGGCUCUGGAGAGUCGGGAGUGCGUCCAUUACCUGCCCUCAAGGAGAAUGUGAAAAGAGUAAUGUUUUAUUGUUAGUACUAGUUAUGUGGAGUAGCAGAGUAGCAUCUUUCGGCAUGUAACCAGGAUCCCUUGGUCGUCCUAUGAUGUUUGCAUGUAUCUUGUUAUAGUUUUACAGUUUUAGAUGCAGGUUAUAAGCAAAUAGGUGUGGCAGAUGUAAUGUUGUUUGUAAUAUAUGUUGAAUGGUAACUAAUGUAGAUUAUAUACACCUCUAUCCGAGUAGAUUUGCUUUAUCCA